AUGGCAUUCUCAAAUCUAGCAGUUAUCCUGGCAACGAUGCUGGUGAAUGGCUCUCAAGCCUUUGCCCCUCCGAAAAUGGCCGUCAUCCGCCCCACCAAGUUGAUGGCUGGAGGCUUUGAAUGGGAAGAUCCCACCGAACAAUUUGAUCAAGGCGUGGAUAACCCUUUCAAGAACCCAGGAUUGAUGGAUGGAGAAGAAGGAAUGAAGGUUGAUCCUGCUAGAUUGCUGGGACCACGAUUGAAUGGCUCCAACCUCUAUUUUGUGGGUAUGAUGGGGAGUGGAAAAUCAUCAGUUGGAGACGUUGUGGCACGAAGAAUGGGGACUUACAACUUUUUGGACACGGAUGGUAUCAUCGAAAAGGCCACUGGAAUGAGCAUUCCAGAAAUUUUCGACGCAGAAGGUGAAGAAGGAUUCCGAGAAGUGGAAUCUCAAAUCUUGGAUUCAGUUCAUUCCUAUGUCCGAUGUGUCGUUAGUACGGGAGGUGGCCUAGUGUGCAAGCAAACUAACUGGUCCAAGCUGCAAACAGGGAUUGUCAUUUGGCUCGAUGUUGAGCCAGAGAUUAUUAUUAAGCGCGUGGAGGGAACUGACCGACCGCUGUUGCAAACCGAGGAUCCUCUUCAAAAGUUGAAUGAUCUUUUGGAAGAACGAAAGGAUAAAUACAGCCAAGCAGAUCUUCGAAUUGAAAUCACAGAAGAUAUGGACGAAGAAGAAGUAGCUCAAGCGGUUGUCCGUGAUUUGCAUGACUUUAUUGACGAGAAUCCACCAGCGUGGAAGAUUGCAAAGCAAAAGGCACAAUCAGAUGGUCUGGAUUGGGUUCAAUAA